AUGAAGGUGUUCGUGAAGACGCUCAAGGGCUCCCACUUCGAGAUCGAAGUCAAGCCCGAAGACACGGUAUGUCUCGUCGCCUGUAUCGAUCUGCUUCCUUCCUUUUAGUCGUGGCGGUGGCUGAUUGCUGCUGAUCCGGCGUCCCAGCUGGGUCCUGGACGUCCUCGAUGUUGCGUUUUGCCCAAUUGUGGUUUUAGUCGACAUUGACGACUGUUUGGUAGGGAAAUUAGGGUUUCCAGCUUGUGGGAGGGGUGGUUGAUUGCUGCAGUUGCGUGGCUUGCUUUUUGUGCUUGAUAUUGUGGGUUGAUCGUUGGGCCUUCAACUAGUUUUUUGUGAAAUGUAUUGUUGUAAUUGAAACGAAUUAUGGUUUACUGUGAUCUCAAGUAUUGUAGGGUUGAAGGGAAGUCUGCAUGGUUGGGAAUAAACGGUGUUCACAAUUGAUAUCACGGUGAUUGGAGAAUUCGGAGUCAUUUCAUUUCAAAGUUUUCUAAUGGCGACGAUUUUUUUUUUAGUCUUUAUAAAUAUCGGAUGUAAUUUAUGAAAAGAUGGGAUGUUGCUAAAAAAAAGGACCAAUUCUGGCUGCAUUUUAUCACUGCUAUUUUUUUUUUUUUGUUAGGAUGUGCCUAGUUUUCAAGAAGAAUGAUAUUAGCAGCCUUUCGCUUUGGAGUGUAUCUAAGUUGAUCCUCUGCUAUUUGACCCAUUACAGAUUUUGACCUGAGUAUUUUGGUUAAUGUAAUGAUCUGUGCUAAUCGUCACGAGAUUCCUUGGUUAAAGCAUUGACCAAAAUACAGUAUUUGUCGGAAUGAAGGCUGGAAGGGAAAUGACCCGAUGGAAAGGAUGCAGAUUAGAAGGACAGAGUUUAUCUUAAUGUGUUUUUCCUUUAAUGGGCUGAUAUUGGGAAUUUUUUGUGAUGGAUCAGUUAGAAUGCUCGACCCAUUUUUGGAUACGGUGUUGUAGGAGUGUUUGUCGAUUUUGCGUUCGACAUUGAAAACCUGGGGAAUGUUCCCAUGAAGUCCAAAGGUUUGGGAGGAAGGAAGCAUAGCUUUGGCCCUAUAAUAGUUUAUAAAGAGUUGCACUGGUUUUUCCGUCUUAGUUUUUAUUUUUCAGUUUAUUUUGAGAUGUUUUCAGAGAUUUUCUGGUUCGCGCAGACAGUAAAAAAGUGAAGUUGUGGGAUAUAAUGGCAAGUAUAAUACCCUCUUGUGUACUUAGCUAGAAUUUUGGAAAGUUACGGAGCAUUGUGUGCAGAAAAAAAAAAUACAUCGUUGUUAGAAUGGAAUAGAUAAUGGUUUGGAUCAAUGUCUCGCAGGAUUGUGGGAGGAAAUAGCCUUAUGACUGAAAUAACUAUAGGUGAUGCACUUAGGUGCCUCGUGGUCAAAACCAUUACCAUUUUCGGUUGUAAGACUGUACAUUGGUAAUUCAGUCGGUUUGGAAAUCAUAUGUAUCUAUAUAUUUUCGUUGAUGGGUAUAAGUGUCAUCUCGCUAUUUUAGGAGAAUGAAGAGAAAAUAUCGAAUUGCAAUGGCUGUGAAUCGGUGAUAAAUGGACAAAAUAAAGAAGCUUUGUGAUACCGUGGUAAUUACAACAGAAAUCAGGAGAAAACAUGAAGAGGCAACACCUAAUGGCUAGGUACGGAUGAAGUCGUGAAAAGGAACCCCCUUCCAACACCUAGGGGAUGAAGAAAAGAAAAAAGCUGCGUGGUAGUUAGUUAAGAUUACUUUAAAUGGUGAGGUCGUCCUCCUCUCCUCACUUAUUACAAAAGUUCUGUCUAUCAGUUAUCUUGGGCACUUAAAAACCCUGCUACUUAUUAUAGUAAUAUGAAAUCUUGAGAUGGUAACCUAUUUCACCGUCACGCAAAAUGCUUGCACAUCCAUCUGUUUUGAACUUUAAAUGUUUGUAUUUUUUCUCCUCAGGUUGCUGAUGUAAAGAAGAAUAUUGAGACUUCCCAGGGGCAAAAUGUUUACCCAGCUGACAAGCAGAUGCUUAUUCACCAGGGAAAGAUUCUCAAGGAUGAUACAACAUUGGAACAGAAUGGGGUCUGUGAGGCCAGCUUCCUAGUCAUAAUGUUAAGUAAGGUAAAUUAAUUCUUUGAGGUACUUUGUGUGACAAGUACACAGUGUUGAUUGUCGAUGUGAUGGCACCCAAUUAUCAUUAGUGCUAUCAGCUUGUUAUUUCCUUCUGAUAUCACCAAAUUCUGAACAAGAUCAGCUUCUCCUGCAAUCCAGUUAGCAAUAUCUUUACUAUAAUUGAUUAAGUAAAAUUAUCACACCCCACUAAAAGAACCAAUUUAUCUACCAAGCUAAAUUGUCACACUCAGUAAAAAAAGGUUCCUUCAGGGGAUAAGAUAGCCAGUUCUCUGCAUACAGCUUUUAAUGUCCGAACAACCCAUAUAGUUGACUGGAUGAUUGUUCACAGUGAUGAGGUUCACAUAAGGCCAUGAGAGGCGGUUGAUAUUGGGUUAAGGUGCUGGGCACAAGGGCCGUAUAAGAUCAACCUAGUUACCGAUUUGUUUGACAAUUGUGUAGAAGCUCCCCACAGAGGGUCUUUUGUAGAUUUUCUGUUGUGGUCAAGGCUAUUGUUCAAUUUUCUUAUUUGUAUUUCUUUUGGUCUCAUGCCUAGUGGUUCGACCCAUUAGCAGUGAGCCCUCAUGAUCUUAUGUGAUUCUUAUAUCCGGUUUCUUAUUUUCCCUUUAUGUAGGUUGUAUGUAGUAGUCAACCUAUUGUUUGAUUAGCUCGUCGAUCAUAUGAUUCUAAUGAUUUUGAUGAAAUCGAUGCAAUUUUUUGGCGAAGCUAUUGAAGUUAAAAUGACCAUCAGCUUAUGCUUUAAAAUAUUUUUUAAAAAUUAUCUUCCCCUAGUUCUUAAAUCAACGCUUUACCGAUGUCUACUUCUCUGAUCAUCGUUCUGAUUUUACAUAGAAACUCAGACUCUUGUAAAUAUUUUGCUUGUCAUGUUAAUCGCAAAAUUUGUACCUUUUUUCAUAUAAUUGCAUGUCUGUUAUGGUUGGCCAGAAUGCAAUUUUCAAUGAACAUUCAAAGGCUAUUUACCAAUAGGUGGGUCCUACGUUGGUAUUCUAUUGGCGUUUCUUCUGUCGUCCUCAUAAUUUAUCUUGCAAAUGUGUUUUGAUAUCCUCUCUUUUCUUAUAGAGCCUUCUUAUCUUUUCGAAUUUUUUUUCUACAUGUUUAUAAACUCUGAUGUAACUGUUGGUAUUUAUAAUAUUAAGGACAGGAAAUGUAUGUUAUUGUCUAUUUCCUGGUUUUUACUCAUUGUUUCAGUGUCUUUAUAUUUACAGAGUAAGCCAUCAUCUGGUGGAACAUCAACAGUAAGUCAGGUAUGAAGCAAGAAGUUAUGUUUGAAAUUUGCAUUUUUAACUUAACUUCGUAUGUACCUUUUAUCCUUUUGUCGGUUUUGUAUGUUGCUACUUUUGUCAGAUCUUGCUUUUCUCUAUUUCUAAUUAUUAUGAUUAUUUAUAUUUUUGUUGUUAUUGUAUGCAUUAAUGAGUUAGGUAGGUCAGCGAUAGGAACUUGUGACCCGAAUUUACAAGUUUAGUGCAACUUGAACCUUCUUCCAUCCUUCAAAAUUUUCAUAAACUGACAAAGAAGUUCCAGAUCAUGUUUGCUUACAUUUUUACUAGAGUUUAUGGUAAAAGUGAAAUUUUAUUUCAAAUAUUUUUUUUCCUUUUUAAAUAGAUGAAUGCCCAAGUGUUCAGGUGAGUUGCAACUGACCGUUGUAGAAAGUAAAAAGAAAAGUAAUGAUUACUGUCUGGUCCUUUGGAUGAUUCGCUGAGACUACUAAUCUUUAAUAGCCAACGGACCUGCUACUAUGUCCAGCGUAAAGUUCCUACUGCAGAGUGUCCGCCUUUCUGAAUUAAACCAAUCUAUCAGUAUGCUAGCCUUUUUAUGCACAUAUUGAUAAUUCAAUGUGCAUUCAUUUCUUCCUUUUCAAGUAUAAUGUAAGACAUGCUGCUGGUAUCCAAUCAUCAUCUUCUAGGCAUUCUUUGAUGCUUACCGAUUUCCUUUAAUAAAUUAUAAACGUAGAGCUGGAGGAUUCCGAAUUGUUACAAUCCUGGCUGAUUCUUACCACUUAUAUUUCAGUAUGGUCAGGGCUUUUGAGUUGAUUAAACGUAUGUUUACUUGCUUAGUUGAGUCUGCUUUCCCUAGCAGUGGUCCCCGAUCAAUCAUAGCAGUUGAGUCACUUAUGAAAAGUUUCAAAAGGAGUACAUCCUUUUCAAAAUGUUUUCAGCGUAAUCGUAUGAAUUUUAACCACGUCCUAAGUCACAGCUAAAUAAAUAUUAUUCAACUCAAAUAACAGUUUUCUGAUACAGGUUAGGCUAUUCUCAUCUGCUGAAUCUUUCUUCUGAUAAUUUGGUAAAUAAAAUGUAAGAAGUAUCGAAUACAUAAUCUUAAUUGGAACCUACUGGAAUUAAAUAAUGUUUUUUUUGUUUUGAUAUUUUAUUUCUGAAAAGCUAUGCUAGACAAUUUUCCAGACUUUCUCCGACUAUUUCAUUCGUUACUUCUGUGAGACAAUUGAUUAUUGUUCUAUCUAAUGUAUAUGGUCUUCAAUAAUCUGGGUAUUUUAUACACUCAUGUAACGGCUAGUCAUUUGAAUCUUCUGGGUAGGCUUCGACACCUAGCCCGGCAGCCAUUGUUCCUUUGAGUCCUGCAGCACCACCACCCCAGGUUCCCAGAGAGACUGCUGCUGUGUAAGUUGGUUUAUUUGACUUAUUUGGGGGUCAAGAAAUGCAUGAAAUUUGUUUAUGGUGCAUUGAAAUAAUUUUCUUCUUAAAUCAUGCUGCAUUGUCUAAUCACUGCAUGCAGUUCAUCUGCAGUGGCACCUACUCCAGUUGCGCCUGCUGCAGUUGCCUCAUCUUUACCAGCUCCUGUUCCUGCUAUACCGUAAGUCGACUCUUUGUACUUUACUAAUCUUUGGUUGCCAAUUCAUUGUUUGAACAAUAUUUACUUUUUUGGCACCGUGAAUGAACUUUUAGGAAGCAUGAAGAUUGAAAGCACCAUUUUUAUCCUGUGAUACUAUCUGUACUUUUAAUGCUUUAUAGCUGUGAUGAAGCCUUUGUUUUUAAUUGACCUUCUAGAAUACCUUCUUUCUCAUUAUUAUACCUCAUUUACUGAUCUUCACGAGUUGAUUUCAAGACAAGAGGCUGAUUUCAAGGCCCGUGUCUGAUAUUUUCCUCUUGGAGCUGAAAAUUUUCGAGUCCUUGCAUAUGGAUCUUACUUGCUCUAUUGUGUUUAUUGUACAUUUUUGAACCACCCAGCUUGGAUACUACACGUUGACACCAUCCUCUGAAGGUUUAUUCGUUCCAGGUCCUUGGUUAACGUCUUUUUCCUUCAUUAGAAGCAUUGACACCCAUAACUUGAAACUGAAGAAGGCAUUCUAUUGGUCUUUUUACUGACUUAGUUUCCUCCCUUUUUGAUUUCCGUUCUGCCCAGUCUUUAAUGCCCCAAAUUGGGAUCGGAUUAGUAAACCUGUACUAAAGACCACUUCUAAACCCCCCCCUGUAUCUAUGUUCAUUUAAGAUCCUCAUGUAUUCGUUAAAGCUGAAACCUGAAUAUACCAUGGCCUUCGUCCGUGUUUUGAAUGGGAUGAUUUUAGGCGCUUAAAUACAGAAGCCAAAAUUUGAUAGCAUGACGAAAUCUGAUUAGGAAUUUGGCAAUACGUUCUUUAGUCAUGCUUCUUCAUUUUUGUAUCUUUCUUUCUCUUUUCUUCCACGUACCUUUGUUGGAAAUUGUCAUCCUUGCUCACAUUGCCAUACUAAUCUUCUCUGCACUUCAAUCUGCGGAAAAGGAAGUCUACAUUUAUUUCCGAGUUUGUGAUAUUUAGUGGUUGGCACCCCCGCGGCUUUCCCCAACAUUUGAGACAGGCUGUAUACACAUUCACUGUGCUUGUGUUUAGAACUAUGGAAGCAAGAUCUUUCAGUGUGAACGGUGGCUGACUUUUUCCUAAAAUCUUUAUUGGCUCCAGUAGCGGUACACAAGCAGACGUCUAUGGUCAAGCGGCAUCAAACCUCGUUGCUGGAAGUAAUCUCGAGGAGACCAUCCAACAGAUCCUGGACAUGGGCGGUGGGACUUGGGACAGGGACACUGUGGUUCGUGCACUGCGUGCUGCUUUCAAUAAUCCCGAGAGAGCCGUUGAAUAUCUAUAUUCAGUAAGUACUCCCUUUUGUGUGUGGGCACAGUUCUUAACCCCGUGCUCCUAUGGAUAACUCUUUCAGGAUGGAGGACGAGUGGGGGAUGAAAUCCACCUAUUAAUCUAAGUUUACUCCUGUUAUUGGUUGCCAAACAAAUCAACAUCUGUCCAUAUCCCAUAGUAACCUCUCUUGAAGAUUUCUCUCCCCUUUUGAAAGUUCUCCCCAGCUGCAGAGGCUUAUUUUUUUGUCCUUGACGUUUGUUUGCCUGAAUCAUACCAGGGUAUUCCCGAGCAUGCAGAGGUCCCGCCCGUGGCCCGCGCACCGGCAGCUACUCCAGCUGCUGCAGCCGCCCCAGCGGCAGCAGCGGCGGCGGCGGCAGCGGCCCCCGCCGCAAUCCCUGCGGUUCAGCCCCCACAGCCGCCUACGCAGCCAGCGGUGCCCCCUGGCGGACCCAACGCGAACCCUCUGGACUUGUUUCCCCAGGUCAGUGUCACCACACCCCAGCUCCUGAUCAGCUUACCAAGAUCCGUCCAGUGAUAUGAAAAAAAAUACCCUCAACAGGGCCUCCCCAGCUUGGGCGCCAACGCCGGCAACAACACCCUCGACUUCCUACGCAACAGCCCCCAGGUGCCUUGAGCAGCCUUUUUUUUAUUAUUCUUCUUUUUCUUUUUUUGGUUGUGAAUGGUGACGAAUGUUUUAUUUAUUUUAUCAAGAUCAUCUUAUUCUCCCUGCGCAGUUCCAAGCCUUCCGGGCCAUGGUGCAGGCCAACCCCCAGAUCUUGCAGGUCUCCCUCUUCCCCUCGGUCAUCUAUCCCGCACGCCCUCUGAUCGACAGACAGGUGUUCUUCUGUCUUUCCUUUUUUUUUUUAAAAAUGGUAUCUUUCAGCCCCUCCUCCAAGAGCUGGGGAGGCAGAACCCGCAGCUGGUGAGGAUGAUCCAGGAGCACCAGGCCGACUUCCUACGGCUGAUCAACGAGCCCGUGGAGGGCGAAGGGUGAGAGAUCAGAUCAUUUCCUUCCUCAAUAAAUUGCUACAUUUCCGAAUCGGAAGGAACAUCCGAAUCACUCAUUUUUUUGGAUUUUAAGGAAUUACCUGAUUUACUCCUUGAUCACCCUUCAUAUACUUGGAUCACUGGUUUUCCUCCGCUUACAAAAACCAGAGAAUUGUCUUCUCAUGGCGACUCUCUGCAACCCUAAUUUUUGUCUCUGCGGAGCAGGAACGUUUUGGGGCAGCUGGCGUCGGCGGCGCAGCAGGCUGUGACGGUGACGCCGGAGGAGCGCGAGGCCAUCGAGCGCGUAAGCGGCGGCGUUAACCCCCCCCCCCUCUCUCUCUCUCUCUCUCGGUUGCCCAAAUUUGGAUUGGAAGGUCAGCCAGCUGAUGAGGGGCCGCGGGUUUUGAUUUUUGGGUGCAGCUGGAGGCGAUGGGGUUCGACCGGGCCCUCGUGUUGGAGGUGUUCUUCGCCUGCAACAAGAACGAGGAGCUGGCGGCAAACUACCUCUUGGACCACGGCCACGAGUUCGACGACUGA